UUGCGCCGGCGCGACCAAGAUGGCGGCGCUCAGUAGUGGCGGGACGCGAUGGCGGCGGGGCUGGCUGCCCGCCCUGCAGCUGCUGCGGCACGGCUCCAAGGCGGUGACGCGGCACUGGAAGGCCAUGCACUUCCAGCGGCAGAAGCUGCUGGCCCUGACCGAGUACCUGGCCCCGCGGCCCGCACUGCCGCCCCGCUGCCUGCCCCGGCCGGCGCCACGACAGCAGGAGGAGGACGGCUAUGCCCGCGUGCUGCGUGCCCAGCUGGAGGCCACGCUCCGUGCCAGCCGCAUGGUGGCCGUGUGCCAGUACAACGCCAUGGCCGACGAGGACAUGGCCACGCUGCGGCACUUCCUGCGCCGCCACGACAUCCACGUCAAGUUCGUGCUCAACGAGGUCGCCCGGCCGGUGCUGGCGCAGUCCAAGCUCAGGAAUUUGCUGCCGCUGUUCGUGUGCAGGAACAUCCUGCUGGUGAGCCCGGAGCCGCGGGCCAGGGAGAUGCUGAGAGUGCUCAAAGGGGUGCCCCAGGUCAUCCUGCUGGGCGCCUGCAUCGACGACACCAUCCUGAGCCGGCAGGGCGUGGAGAGCGUGGCGCGGCUGCCGCCGCUGGAGGUGUGCCAGGGCCAGACGGCGGCGGCGCUGUCGGUGCUGCCCUCGCAGACCUGCUCCCUGCUCCAGCGCGGCCCCGCGCACCUCGCGGCGCUCCUGGAGCAGCACAUGCGGCACCUGCGGGGCGCGGGCGGGGCCGCGGAGCCUGCCCCGGGCACCGGGAAUCAGUGACACCGGGAACGGGAACCGGAACCGGCUCCUUCCCUGCGGGGCCCGGGCACCGGGAAUCAGUGACACCGGGAACCGGAACCGGAACCGGCUCCUUCCCUGCGGGGCGCGGGCACCGGGAAUCAGUGACACCGGGAACCGGAACCGGCUCCUUCCCUGCGGGGCCCGGGCACCGGGAAUCAGUGACACCGGGAACGGGAACCGGAACCGGCUCCUUCCCUGCGGGGCCCGGGCACCGGGAAUCAGUGACACCGGGAACCGGAACCGGCUCCUUCCCUGGCCACGGGAAACAGGGAGCCCCCCGGAUGAGGGGUUGGAGGCUCAGGGACACAAUCCCCAUGGGAUUCUGCAGCUCCACAGAGAAUUGGGGCUGGGGGUUUGGCACUGAGGGUCCUGUGCCCCCCCAGUCCCGCAGGGAGUCGUGGCCGUUCCCCUGUGCUCCCUUGGGAUCGUGCCAGCAGCGUUCCAGCUGUGGUCGUUGCAGCUGUGGUCGUUCCAGCUGUGGUCGUUCCAGCUGUGGUCGGGGGUCUCUGGGAGCAGCCAGAGGAGGAGGAGGAGGAGCGGGAUGGACCCUGCAGGGGGAUUUGGGCACUCCCAGCCCGGUGCCUUGGGGAUGGGGCUGUGCUGUGACACCGCCCCAGCCCGGCUCCCUGUCCUGCCCAUUAAAGUGUCCGUGUGGAGA